UAACAGCUAUUACUACAAUGAUGAAAAUACCCAUUGAUAAAUAAGAUUGUUUUGUAACUUGAUGUAUCAGACUCAUGUUAGUUUGGAAACGAACACAAACAUUUAUUUCGACAACUUAAAAAAGCUUAUGUUAGAAAAAACAUAGCUUGUUGAAAAAAAAUAAAUAAUGGUAGGAAAAAGAGGUAUUCUUGGCUUACGAUUUAAUCAAGACCAAGGAUGUUUUACAUGUUGUAUGGAAUCUGGUUUAAGAAUAUAUAAUGUAGAACCUUUAGUCGAAAAAGCUCACUUUGAACAGGAUCUCAUGGGUAGCAUUGCAAUUGGAGAAAUGCUUUGGAGAACAAAUGUUAUUGCUAUAGUGGGUGGAGGAACACGUCCAAGAUUUGCAGAAAAUACUGUUCUUAUUUACGAUGAUCUUUCUAAAAAGUUUGUAAUGGAAAUUACUUUCACUAGUCCAAUUAAAGCUGUUAGAUUACGUAGAGACAAGAUGAUAGUGGCUCUUCAAAGAGAGAUACAUGUGUUUUCAUUUCCUACGCCUACAAGAAGAUUAUUAACAUUGGAAACAAGAGACAAUCCUAAAGGUUUAGUAGAAGUAGCUACUCUAGCAACAGCACAAAAGCAAUUAUUAGCUUUUCCUGGUCACAAACUUGGUAGUGUACAGUUGAUAGAUUUAGGUGCUACAGAAGCAGGAAGUUCUAGUGCUCCUGCCACACUUGCAGCCCAUCAGGGUGCAUUGGCUUGUAUUGCUGUUAAUGGAAGUGGAACAAUGGUUGCAACAGCUUCUGCUCAGGGUACAUUAGUCAGAGUAUGGGAUUCUUUACGUAGACAUUUACUUGUUGAGUUAAGAAGAGGUGCGGAUCCUGCUACAUUAUAUUGUAUCACAUUUAGUAGAGAUUCAGAAUUCCUCUGUGUAUCAAGUGACAAGGGAACUGUACACAUAUUUGCUUUAAAAGAUACUCAUCUGAACAGAAGAUCUACUUUUUCAAAGAUGGGAUUUCUGGGAAAUUAUGUUGAAAGUCAGUGGGCGUUGGCUACAUUUACGGUACCACCAGAAUGUGCUUGUGUUUGUGCAUUUGGUAGAAGAAGUUCUGUGAUAGCUAUAUGUAUGGAUGGAACAUUUCACAAGUAUGUGUUCACUGCAGAUGGUAAUUGUAACCGUGAAGCAUUCGAUGUCUUCCUUGAUGUAUGUGAUGAUGAUUUUUAACAAAACAAUGUUAUAUUUACAAAAAUUAAAUUUUGUACAUAUUCAGAAUUUUUUACUACAGUAAAUAAAAACUUUAUAGGGAAGUUA